AUGGCAAAAUCUAUACCAAAAAUUGGUUCACGUAAAACUGGACGUAUUGGUUCGCGUAAGCAUCCUCGUAAAAUACCAAAGGGGGUUAUUUAUAUUCAAGCUAGUUUCAACAAUACCAUUGUGACUGUUACAGAUGUAAGAGGUCGGGUGAUUUCUUGGUCCUCCGCCGGUUCAUGUGGAUUCAAGGGUACACGAAGGGGGACACCAUUUGCCGCUCUAACCGCAGCGGGAAAUGCUAUUCAAACAGUAGUCGAUCAAGGCAUGCAACGAGCAGACGUCAUGAUAAAAGGUCCCGGUCUAGGAAGAGAGGCGGCAUUAAGAGCUAUUUCUGGAAGUCGGAUACGAACACUACAGUGGAAGUGUGUUGAAUCAAGGGUAGACAGUAAGCGUCUUUAUUAUGGACGCUUUAUUAUGUCUCCACUUAUGAAAGGUCAAGCAGAUACAAUAGGCAUUGCAAUGCGAAGAAUUUUGCUCGGAGAAAUAGAGGGAACAUGUAUCACACGUGCAAAAUCUGAGAAAAUACCACAUGAAUAUUCUACCAUAAUAGGUAUUCAAGAAUCAAUACAUGAAAUUUUAAUGAAUUUAAAAGAAGUUGUAUUGAGAAGUAAUCUGUAUGGAACUCGGGACGCGUCUAUUUGUUUCAAAGGUCCUGGAUAUGUAACUGCUCAAGACAUCAUUUUACCACCUUCGGUGGAAGUCAUUGAUAAUACACAACAUAUAGCUAACCUAACAGAACCUAUUAAUUUGUGUAUUGAAUUAGAAAUUGAUAGAAAGCGGGGAUAUCGUAUAAAAACACUAAACAACAUUCAAGAUGGAAGUUAUACUAUAGAUGCUGUAUUCAUGCCUGUUAGAAAUGCAAAUCAUAGUAUUCAUUCUUAUGUGAAUGGAAAUGAAAAACAAGAGAUACUAGUUCUCGAAAUAUGGACAAAUGGAAGUUUAACUCCUAAGGAAGCACUUUAUGAAGCCUCCCGGAAUUUGAUUGAUUUAUUUAUUCCUUUUUUACAUGCAGAAGAAGAAAACUUAAAUUUUGAAAACAAUCAACACAAAAUUACUUUGCCCCUUUUUACUUUUCAUGAUAGAUUGGAUAUGAUCGAGUCUGAUCAUAGAAAAGAUUAUCUUCAAGCGAACCGGACUAUCCUCUGUAGAGGACUGACGCGGUGGUUGGAACAAAGACACAUUUCAUUGUGA